AGCAGGAGCCACAUCCGGGUAGCGGCAGCAAAAGCGAAGCCGUUGUAAACAAUAGCAACAACAGCCAAAAUGUACCUGUUUUUAAGAUGUUUUCAUUGUUAAUAACAUCAACAACCCUCUACUUAAACAUGUUUUAAUUUAAAGUUGACUUAAAAGAUAAAGUUUAUGAGUUUUUUCGGAGUAUGGACACGGGAGAGUCGAAGAGGAUGCGACGGAGGGAGCUGCCUCCUCUCCCUCAGAGAGGGCAGCGAACACUUCCCACAAUGCCAAGUGAAGAUGCUGCUGAGGAGAUACCAGCUGCCAAAAGCAAGAAGAAAAGGACCAAAAAGGUGGCAAAUGGAGCUGAUGAUGUUGUGGAUGCGGGGUUGGAGAUGGGCGGUCUGGGCAGCCGCAGGCCCUCUGACAUCGGGGAGUCGCUGAGCCCUGAACCCACAAACGAAGGACCGGUUCAGAGGAAGAAAAAGAAAAAGAAAAGUCCCACUCCAGAUAUCGAAGACGAUCAGGCUGACCUGGUGAACGGAGAAGCGCCAGAGAAAAUCACAGAUGAAGAGGAAGUGGUCAAAAAACCCAAGAAGAAGAAGAAGUCCAGAGUCGUGGAGUCUCAGCUUCCUGUUGAGUUGGACGUGGAGGAGGAUGACAUCAUCAGCGAUGCCCUGCCUACAAUCCCCCAGCAUUCCCUGUUCACCGCCCCGCAGGGCCAGAGCCAGCCGGUGGGGAAAGUCUUCGUCGAGAGGAACAAGCGGUUCCAGGCGGCAGAGCGCUCAGACUGGAGGAAGACCAGCGACCAGACAGAAAACUUUCCAGACUUCCAGCACAUGCAGCCGAUGUGGACCACCAGAGACGUUUCUGUCCGGGUGCACGGAGGCUUCAGGGUUCUCGGUCUGUUCUGCCACGGCUUCCUGGCCGGUUACGCCGUGUGGAACACCAUCGUGGUCUACCUGCUGGCCGGGGAGCAGCUCACCGCUCUGUCCACCCUGCUGCAGCACUACCACGGCCUGGCCUACCCGGCCCAGUCGCUGCUCUACCUGCUGCUGGCCAUCAGCACGGUGGCCGCCUUCGACAGAAUGAACCUGGCCAAGGGCUCCAUGGCUCUGCGAGGCUUUAUCACUCUGGAUCCUGUGGCUCUCGCUUCAUUCUUGUACUUCUCAGCGCUGGUUCUCUCUCUCAGCCAGCAGAUGACCAGCGACAGAAUCAACCUCUACCAAACCUCCAAUGGAACUCUGUGGCCUCCAGGGCUGGAGCACCAGAUCCUGCACCCCUGGGUGACCGUCAACCUGGUGGUGGCUCUGCUGGUGGGCCUGGCCUGGAUCUUCAUCGCCACGCGGCCCGAGGUCGACUACACCGAGGGUUACCUGCUGUCGAUGGAGAUCGAGCCUCCCAGACCAGAGGAGAAGUCUGAGAUUUCGGCCUGAGAGGAAAUCCAACAUGAAGCCGUGUGUCUGCACGGAGAUGAGUGGCUUCACCGUAACCUUGCACAUAUUUUUUUGCACCAUAUUUUUGGCAGGAAACACUAAAUGUACUCGUUGUCGUCGUAGUUUAUAUAUUUGUAUUUUUACAAAUGAAAUGUGAAUAUGUUCAUCUUUUGAAAUACAGAGUUUUAUCCA